GGCGGGCGAAACGACGGCGGAGGUCCCGCGUCGAGACGCGCGUCGGUCUAGCCGACGCGGCCGGCUGUCGGCAAAGACGCGCGACAACAGUAUCCGUCAAACGUCCUACGGUAGUUGCAGACGUCGGCGUUCCGACGCGUGUAGUGCGAUCAUUCGUGCUGACAGCCCGAGGCCACGAGGAUAGAAGACGUAAGAAAAAUUUCGAAUCAUGGUCUUCGAAGGCUCAUUUGGGAUAUGAUUAACUCCAAUGAUGUUCAAGAACUGCCGUAGUGCAAACUGUAGUUAAACCUUCCUCAAAACUUACUUCAACUGUGUUCAAUGAGCUAGUAUUUACAAUCGCACCAUCAAUGUUUCUAUGGAUGUGGCGUCUAUCAAUAACACAAAUCAAGCACUGCUAUACAACAUAUACAUCGGUGAACUACCGAUCGACAACAUAUCGGACAGUGAUGUCAACAUUACCAAGACAAUCACCAGGCUGACGUCACCAUUGGCUGUCACUGUGGCGGUGAUGCUGGUGUUCCUGUUUUCUCCGAUGAUCCUGAUAGGGAAUUCCUUAGUUUUAGUGGCUAUGUAUAGAUUCAAGAGGCUGAGAACACCAAGCAACUAUUUGGUUAUGUCUUUGGCCACUUCGGAUUUGGGGAUAGGUAUGUUCAUGCCCAUCGGAAUGUACUUGGAGUUGGGUGGUUCCUACAGUUUAUCGAAUAUCAAGUGUCUGUUGAGUUACGGUGUGGCUAUUACACUUUGUUGUGUUUCUGUUCUGGUAAUGGUGGCCAUUGCAGUGGACAGGUUUACAUCACUUGCCAGACCUUUGAGGUACAACAAUCUGAUAACACAUUCGGCUGUAGAAAGGUACAUAGCAGUGUUUUGGACUUAUUCCUCACUGGUGGGAUUUUCUCCUCUGCUUUAUACGUUCAUGAGUGAAGUGAAAAUCAGCCGCUCAGAGGACUGCUCCUUCGGAGGGCUGGUAGCGAAGCCCGUUCAGCUAUUCAUGUUCUGUGCAGUGUACGGUCCCAGCGCGCUCAUUCUGCUGGUCUGUUACGGCUACAUAUAUUUCGUGGCUAGAGGUCACGCCAGAGCGAUUUCAACGGAGAGGCACUCCAUACCCAGGUCGCAGGAGAGCGAGACUCCGACUGCCGUUCAUCCAAGAUAUGGCUUGGCGCUGGGCAUUACAGCCGGCAUGUUCAUUGGUCUGUGGUUGCCAUUUCAGGUUUGUAUGCUGAUCGAUGUUUUCAUAGGGACCAACAUAUUAUCGGCCUGGAUAUCUGUUUAUCUUGCUCUUCCCAUUCUGGCCAGUAGCGCCUUCAAUCCUUGGAUUUAUGGUUAUCGGAAUUCGGAGCUCAGAACAGGAGUCCGAAGAGUUAUAGAUGAUUUGCUCACCACCUUCGGUUUCACCUACAGGAGUCAGCAGGUGUCCGACCCGAUAGCCCUAAGUGCAGCCGCAACAGCAGGUGACCACGCCUCAUUUAUACACUACACACAAAGAGACUGUGUUCAAUGGAAGCCAAACGGUGACUUCCUUCUGGUGCCGAUAGCAAGACCAGAGAGUUCGGGAGUGGUAUCGGAGAGUGACUUACCGAACAUGUUCCGCGAUAACCCGAAAAUUGUUAUAACUUCCGAGGCACCCAGGAUGCUGAAGGGGUCCAGGAGCAUGGUGGAGAGCUUCGCCAUAACGAGGGGCUCCGACAUCCUGAUCAUCAAAGGACGAGGAAUGUUGCACGGAGCCAGCAUUAUCUGAGAGAAACAACACUUGCGAGAAAAAAGUGUCUUCAUUUGAUGCUGAAGGCUUGCAAGGUCGGAUUGUUCAACAGGGUUAGGAAAUGCUGGGUUUUAUAGCCGUGAUCCAAUCGGAUUUUGAGCGCUCGUCCUUCCCAGGGCCGCCGCCAGACAUUUAAGCGCCACGGCGAAAUAAAAUUUCACCGCCUUGUUUUGGCCAAUUCAUCUGAAUUUUCUUUGAAGGAGCCUCUGUUAUUCCUCUCAGGCAUCUUUUCAAUUUUAUAUGAAAUCGUAUUUUUCAACUCAAAAUCACCUUGUCAAAUUUAUCAAAACGUCCUGCAUUGUCUAAAGGCAUGACGCUAUAUUUAUAAAUCUAUAGCAAAAGAACAACGUAGUUCUUAAAGGUGCAAAAAGUCUUGUUUUAUGAACUGACUUUGCGCCCCUACUUUUUGGUGCCCCGGCAAAAUGUCCGGUAUGCCGCUCCUGGCGGCGGCCCUGGUCCUUCCUGUGAUAAAACUCAAUUAUGUCCAUCUGUCUGGCUCUAAACACGAUAACUCUCAAACGGAAGGACCUGGAAUCUUGAAAUUUUCAGUUCGUAACAGAAUACUAGGCGUUCCUAAAUAUGACCAUUUGAAAGGUCGAAAGAAAAUUCAACCAAAAUAUCGAAAAAAUAUACCGAAUGUUUAUGAGACAAUUGAUCGUUUCGAAUUGAAAUAAUUUUGUGUAAUUAUGAAAUGACAAUUUCAAGUUUCAUGUGAAUGUCGUUUCGAUCGGAACGCCAGAGUCAAAUCAAGCAGAAUAUCGAAAAAAGAUUCCAAUAUUCCUUAACAUCGGAUCCGAUUGAAAUUUAAUUGUAAUGGGUGUUUUUUAAGAGCUUGAGAAAUAUAAUGAUACAAGACAGAAAUAUUGUUGAAAUGAAUUUUUCAUUAUUAUAAUCUGAUAGAUGUUAUCAUGGUAUUCAUUUAAUGAAUAUGAUUUCCGGCAUAUGUCCUCCGCGUCUACGAGUUACAUGGUCCAUUCGAUCAGUCCAUUUUUUCACUACAUUUUCCAAUAAAUCUGCAGGCUGUAAGUCGUCAAUGGUGGCUUGAAUAUUGGCUUCCAACGCUUCAAGAGUUGCUGGUUUCCCGACAUAAACCAAUGAUUAACAUAGCCCCAUAAAACGUAAUCGAGGAGCACGAAUGUGGGGACCAGUUAACAGAAACACUUUUGGAAAUAAAGUUAUCACCAAAUGAAUUUUGCAAUAAAUUAAUGAAGAAGCGCGCUGUAUGACAAGUUACGCCGUCUGGUUGGAACCAAAUUUCGUCAAUGUUUAGCUAAUUUUUGGAAACAAAAAAUCAGUGAGCAUGGCCAACAAGUUGUGAACGGCGACGUUUCGACAUUUCUGCGUCUUUGCGCCGCAGUAGCAUUUUCUCUUCGGUACACAAAUUUCUUCGUCUUGUUGAUGGUUUUAAAUCGAGAAGAGUAAACGAUCAAUAAUUGCUAGGAUUGCUCACUCAUAAGGCCGAUUAUAUUGCCCGUGAAAUGGACAAAGUGCUCUAUGACUUCACAAACAGAUUUAUUUUUUGUCAAAGUUAAUUUUCACAAAAUGGAAAUGUUGUUCUGCCGUUAAAAGAUUCAUGAUGAAUUUCCAAACCUUACUGAACAGAAAUGUAAACACAGUUUGACAUUCUCAACGGUAAAACGAUAGACAACGACCAUGACCAUCGAAACUUCUCAUGAAGCUAAAAAAAAACACCCAUUAGAUCUAAAUUCACCACUAUAAAGAUGAAUAUGAUCAAAACAAUAGAAUUUCAUAUCCAAUUAAACAAACGUUCAAAAGCAUUUUAUACUUUAUUCACCUGACGUUUCGCCUAAAAUAGAGGAAGCCAUCCUCAGAGGUUUCUAAGUCGUAGAUUCUAACUCGAUGCUGGAACUAACGUUACCCCUGAAGGAGAGAGUAAAAAUAUGGUUUCCAAACUGCCAAUUAUAUCGAAUCAUUCUAGCGUCGAGGUACAAACUACGACCUAUAAAAGUCAGGACAUUCCUACCGUCUCAUGAAAAGCCAACUGGACCGACAAGGCUAAAAAGCCCGGAAUUUCAGAUAGAUGCACACGAAGAUUAUUACUGCAAAGAGGGAAUGUACUUAGGUAUUUUAUUUGAUCAGAGAUAUUUGACUGAAACAUAAUAUAAAUAUCAGACAUCCUAUUAAGUUUUCGAAUUUUGUUCCCUUAUACUUAUUUUCAAUGAAGACUAUGGGAGGGUGAAUCAAUAAGAAUGCAAAUAUCGAUGGGUCAAGUAUGGUUUUUUUAGUCAUCGGGCACACGAUCAUUAUUUCUUUGUUCAGAUUUUCAAUACUCAAAUUUUAGGCUCUUAUUGGUACAUCCUUCAUUAAUAUGGAAUAACUAAUGAAAUGUCUUUCAUUAAAAACAUUCCAUCAAUAAUAAAACAAUUUACGAGUAUGACUUCUAAAUUAAUAUAAAAAGGCAUGAUACACACAACAAAUAGACGCUGACUGCCUCAGCAGAGGAAUAUCCCUCAUGUUUAGUCAAAUAGAAAAUAUGAACACAUCUAAAAUCGGUCUAAGAAUCCCCAGAAGCAGAAUAAUAUAUUGCAAAUGCAGACCAUGAUGAUUUAUAACUUGUUGGUCCUUCACAUCAGAUGAGAAGAUUCGUAUUAGGCGCUACCUGUUCGAUUUAUCCUGAAACAACUCAACCUCUUUGCAGAUUCCUAGACCGACUAUUGAGCUCCGUAUCUUCGAAAUCAAUUUAUCAGUGUUGUAAUUCGAAUAUUAAUUUCCUGAUUAAUACAAUAUUUUUCAAAAAUAUUAGCCAGAAUAUGAUACGAAUGGAAAGGUUAUGUCGAAAAUAUAGUGAAUACCUCCUUCCUACCUAUAGUUUGAAGAUGUAAACAAAACGUUUUGUAUAUAAAAAAAUAAUGAUCAACUUCAAUUUCCACAUUCGAAAAAAUUUUUUUGAAUGGGCAGAUCUUCUCCAUGAUUGAAUAUCUUGCAAAUUCGACGGUAUUUUAUCCUUAAUGUUUAAACUGAUGUCGUGAUUGUUCAAAUAAAUACCUAUAUCAAAUAUUAAAAUUUGUGGAAAUUGAAGAAGCCUGCCACUUGAGUCAGGAUAGACAAAGGAAUAAUUUAUGUAAAAAAAUCAUUUUAAAAUAUUUAGAUUUUCUUCAAAUAUUACCAAAUUUCCUAACUUUGAUUUAAUCAUUUUAAUGAAAAAAACACGAUUUGUAAAGGCAUAGUACAAGGAAAGGAUAGUAAGCCAACCGCCGUUUGACGGCAAGGAAAUAGUCACCAGAGGUCGCCACUGCAGUUGGAUUUGGAAAAGUAACUCGAUAAUAGAUAGCGCUGAAUCAUGAGCUAUAGAUGGCGCAGAAAUAAUACGAUAAUUCAUUCAGUGGCGUGGU